UGUGGUUGAAAAUAAGAAAGAAAAAUGCAUUUUGAAAAUAAUGAGAAUCAAAUGGGGGGCUUAGUUAUGAUUUUGCUUCCUGGCCAACAGUUUUUACAGAAGCAUUAUUACUGCUAAACAUGGUGAUAGAUAUUUCAUCGAAGACUAACAAAGCACACUCUUAUUCUAGGCAUAAAAAUAGAGAGUAGAUUACAGAUUAUUUCUUUAAUUUCUUGUCAUAACUGUUAAUUAAGUUGAGAAAUUCUCACUGCAACUUGCAGCUGAUUGUUGCUGAGGCAUCUCAGGAAAUAUGUUUAAAGAUGAAAAGGGUUUGGGAAGCUGCAGAAGUAACAUAUUGCUGUGCAUGGUGCAUUGAAAAGACCCAUGCCAUCAAACUUCCCUGAUAGAAAAGCAAAGAAAGACUAGGCUGCCAACAUUUCUACAACAGGGCAUUCAGAAAAACAUAAAUCCCAGUCUUAAGAAAUCUCGAAGUUCAAAAUCAGGACGCAAUGACUGGAAGCACUGAUGAACGAACUGCGAGUUCAUCCAACUGCUGGAAAGUCAUUCACAUUCCAGACAAGCUUCCCAUUCCUCCUGAUAACCAACCCACCAUCAAUGUGCAUGCUGCUGCAAUCGAACCUCGACAUGCCAAUACUAUAGUAAGGAAGUUAAAUCAGAUUGCGCCACUAGAAAAUCUCCGUCAUGUGAAGCGCAUGCACAAGAGGUGUAUGGGUGGAGGAAAAUUUGAAUUGUUUGUGGUUUUAUGUAUGGCUUCGGAAAAUGAUGGCAAGUGCAACCAUAUACCAGAGGAAGUUCUUGAGCUUGUAAAUUUGUACCAGUUGAGUACUUUCAUCACAAAAGUAUGCAGGUAUGCUGCAUCAACAAAGGAAGAAUGGGAAGGGCAAUGCAAGCUAUGGCCAACUUCUUUCCAUCCACCCACGUACAAUGUUGAUGGAAUAACUGGAUUUGGUGAGGAGGAUUCACAGUCAAUUUUCCACUUCAUGAAGUUUGCAGUUGGUUCGGCAAAUUCUGGUGUUGGCUCAGUUGUUAAUGCUGCUGUUAUCGUGGAUCCUUCGACGAUGCAAGUUAUUGCAAGCUCACAAGACCAAGUCCUGUCUUGUAAUACUCCCAUAAAAAGGAGCAAAGGAGAAACAUGUUGCUCAAGGCUUCCAAAAGCAACACAAUAUGACACAAUUGAAACAGGAGAUCGCCAAUCCUUGCUUUCAAAAUGUUCGUCCAUUGAUGUGCUUACAUAUAAUCAUGUUUCUUGUUUAAAUCCUUGGAGCUGGCUUGAACAAAAAUUACACACAAGUUCUGGUUCUUGGCAUCCUUUACAACAUGCAGCAAUUCUUGCAAUUGAAAAUUCUGCUGCAAGGGACAGGCAUCUUUUUCCGGGAGAUGGACGCAUAGCAGAUGAAUUUGUUCAGGAGGAUUAUGAGAUGUCGUCUCCAACAUGUUCUCCUCUGAAAAGACAAAAGAUCAACCUUGUAAAUGUUAAUGAUGAUGAGAACGUAAACUGUCAGAAAAAUGAUCUUCGUUUCGACUCAACCAGACAUUAUUUAUGCACUGGUUAUGACAUCUACCUUGUGUGGGAGCCAUGCACAAUGUGUGCAAUGGCACUUGUGCAUCAACGAAUUAGACGUAUAUUUUAUGCAUUUCCAAAUUCAAGUGAAGGCGCUCUGGGAAGUGUUCACAGGUUACAGGGGGAGAAAAGCUUGAACCAUCAUUAUGCUGUUUUCAGGGUCUUGAUUCCUGAAGAUGUCCUAAAAAAUGAAGCAUUAGUUGAAAUAGGUUCUGAGAAUUGUUAAGCUGCAAUUCAGGUUUUGUAGUUGUUCAUAUUAGGGUUGGGCAAAUCUCCCGAACCGAAUUGACCGAACCGAACCCGAACCCGAACUGAACCGAAC